GCCGCGCCCCGAGUGCCGGGCGAGGCGCUGAGAGCAUCCCCUCAGCACCGGCGAGCGCGAGGUGUAUUUACCGUCUCGCUGUAUUUCCAUGGAAACUCUGAUUGUCACACCGCGCGGCGCUGAAUUACCGGGCUCCAGGGCUGCCUGGAGCGGCCUCCCGAAGUGCCCCCCCGCUGCAGCCCCAGCUCGGCCGAGCGGGCGGCGGGCGCGGCACCGACGGCGGCACCCCCAGCCCCGGGGCCCGGCCCUCGGCCGCGGGCGAGCCCCGGCGCCGCCGCAGCACCCCCGCAAGAUGCCACCAGCCCUGGGGGCUGCGCGCCUCCCUCCGCUUCCUCGGAGGCGCGCUCCGCCCGCCCGGGCCGGAGCCGCGAGUGCGGAUCAGAGCCGUGAGCGCAAACCGGAGCCGUGAGCACAAACCGGAGCCCUAAGCGCGGACCGGAGUCGCCGCCUCGCCCUGCCCGCGCCGCCCCCGCUGCCCCUCCUCACCGCGGAGCGCCCGCAGAGGGACACGCGCGCAGGUAACGCGGAGCUCGGCUCGGCUCAGUAAAUAUUCGAAUCUACCUUGGAUCCUGCCACAAAACUGCAGUCUCUAUUGCCUUGAGCAGCCUAGCCUCCAGCCUCAAGCAUUCCAGUGAAACUACAGGAGACCUGGGCAAGCCCACACAGAGCUCCCACAGGUGUAGCUGAGCACAGUCAGGAAUGUGCCAUGUCCAAACCAGCAUUACAGUACGGGACCUCGAUUGCUUGACUGGUAGAUGCAGGAGGUGAAAGUGAUCCAACGUUUGGAGCUGACAGCUAGAAAACCUCCAGCAGGACUGUAAAAUGGAUUUAGAAUUCAAAGACCGUACCAACAGCACACAUACCAAGAACACCUCUGCUGCAACAAAGAAUUUUUCUGCCUGGGAAGACUAUAAGAGUAGUGUUGAUGACAUGCAGUACUUUCUCAUUGGGCUGUACACACUUAUAAGUCUGGCUGGCUUUGUGGGAAAUCUACUUAUACUAAUGGCCCUACUAAAGUGCAAGCAGAAGACAGUAAUAAACAUUCUCAUUGGAAACUUGGCCUUUUCUGACAUCUUGGUUGUGCUGUUUUGUUCACCUUUCACGCUGACAUCCGUCCUGCUUGACCAAUGGAUGUUUGGCACUGUCAUGUGCCAUGUAAUGCCCUUCCUCCAGUGUGCCUCGGUCUUAGUUUCAACUUUGAUGUUAAUAUCUAUUGCUGCAGUGAGGUACCGUAUGAUAAAGUAUCCCCUCUCCAGCAAUCUCACAGCAAAGCAAGGCUAUUUCUUAAUAGUGAUCGUUUGGGCCUUUGGCUUCACAAUUUGCUCCCCUCUGCCAGUUUUCCAUAAAACCGUGGACCUCAGCAAAACUCUGAAUUUAGAGGGACUGGAGAACAGGCUGCUGUGCAUCGAGUCCUGGCCCUCUGAUUCCUACAGGAUCGCCUUCACGAUAACCUUGCUGUUCAUGCAGUACAUCCUGCCGCUGGCGUGCCUGACCGCCAGCCACACCAGCGUCUGCAGGAGCAUAGGGGCUAGGCUGUCAAACAAGGAAAACAAGUUUGAAGAAAAGGAGAUGAUAAACCUAACUCUUCAUCCCUCUAAGAGUGCUGGCGCACAGGUUCAACCCUCCAGAUAUUCCAGGUGGAGCUGUGCCUUUGGCAGAAGGCACCACAGAAGAUACAGUAGAAAGACUUCAAGUGUGAUGCCAGCUAUUUCAAGGCAUCAUCAGGAUACUCAUUCCAGAGAUCUCCCAGAAACCUCUGACACAGAAAAAAGCCAGCUCUUUUCCUCCAGUAAAUUCAUCCCUGGCAUCCCUAUCUGUUUUGAAAUGAAACCAGAAGAAAACACAGAGAUCCAGAACAUGAUUACAGUGUCCCAGUCCAUCAUCAGAAUUAAGACAAGAUCAAGGAGGGUUUUUUGCAGACUGACAGUGCUAAUACUAGUUUUUGGCUUCAGUUGGAUGCCUCUUCACCUUUUCCACAUUGUCACAGAUUUUAAUGCCACUCUCAUUUCCAACAGGCACUUUAAAUUAGUAUAUUGCAUAUGCCAUUUGUUGGGUAUGAUGUCCUGCUGCUUGAAUCCCAUUCUCUAUGGGUUUCUUAACAACAGCAUAAAAGCUGAUUUAAUGUCCCUUAUUCCGUGCUGCCAAAUACCAUGAUUUUAUGUGCCCCAAGAUAAAGUAAAACAAACAAGUAUGGCUUUCAAGCCUAGUGGUGUGUAUAGCUGUAAAAGCUCAAUUAGUUUAGUUUAGUUAGUGUGAGUUGGUUGUGAUUAGUAGCAUUUUUUUGUGGAUGGAUAGUUCUAUGGCUGCAUGUAUUUCUUGCAUUGGGCAGAAAUAUAUGCAUAUGUUAUAAUAUUCUUUUAUCUGUUACAUGUAGGAAAUCAUGCUCAGUAUACAAAACCAGAACACCAUUUUCAUUACCCAAAUUGUUGGCAACCUGUACUUUGGAAUUAUACAGAAUAUAUAAUGAGUAAUAAAUGUGAGACAGACUGCUUAGACAUGUCAGUAUUAACUGUCAUAAAACUACAAUAAAAUACAUAUAAUUUACUAAAUAAUUAUUGUUGAGAUUAUUUCAGUGCCAGCUUUGACUGUUUUCUAAUAUAAUUAAAUCUCUCUGGAUGUUAUUAGGAAAAUAUUUUUCCUUAGUUCUUUGACUCAUAGUUUGCAAUAUCUUUGCAAGAUGCUUUGCUGCUUAUUCCUUGGUUGCCUUAUUCCCUGAAAUGGG